CGAACAAAGACGGGCCAAACGAAACGAAGACACAUUGGUGGUUAGUGAUAGUGUGGUAGUUGUUGUAAAGUGACCAUUUGGAACAAUUAAGAAAAAAACAAACACCAAAAUAAUUAUAAUCGAGGAAAAAAUAUAUAAUCGAAAUUAAAUCAAAUUAAAAAUGCUGCCAUUUAAGUGAAUUACAUAAACAAAAAUAUACAAAUAAAAUAAAUAAUUGAAGAGCGUGCAGAAAGUGUUGAAAAAAUCAAUAUCAAUCAUCGAAAAUGAAAACAACAAAAAAGGGUGUUGAGUUUGUUGUAAAGUAAGCUUAACAACACCACAACAAAAAUAAGAGGAAAUCUGGAAAUCUGCUGCGUUGACAGUCGGUUUGAUUAUCCGGCUGUCCCUUUGCUUUCGCAGCUGUACACAUGAACCUGAACUUGAAGGAAGCAAAUAGUUGAUGUGUUGUGUUUUUUGCUCUUCUUCAUUACAAAGACGUCUCAGAUGUGUCAUCAUAGUAAAAAUGCUCUUGGGAACAUAAGCAAAUCCGUCCGUCCAUCUGCUUGCCGGCAAUAAAAGAGCCACGAAAUGCGAAUUUUGUUUAUGAAAGAUGGUAGAACAACACUGGGAACAUAAGAAAAAAUCUGCAAAGCAUUAGGAAACUGCCAAGACGAGUCAGAGUAACGUGCUUAGAUAAAUGACCAACCAAUUAUCAUAAGAAAACCCUCUGCAACAACAACAACAACGGCAACAAAAGAAUACUAGACAACAAUAACAAUUACAUCAGCAACGACGACAACAAAUAGAAGCAGCAGCAGCAGCAACAACAAUAACAACAACUGCAAAUAGCAUUCAUUUUCAAAAUACGACGAAACGGCAAAUUAUCAACACAAAUUGUCACGCAAAUCGAGACAGCCAAAAAAACCUACACACAACACACAAAAAAAGAACCCUCAACCCGUAUCAACAAAACAACACCGAACAAACAAACAAUCAAAAAAAAAAAUCUCAACAGACCUCGACAUUAGAAUAUUCAAAAUUGUAUUCAGUCCAUGCGAUACUCGGGCACUGAGCAUCCAACGCCGCCGUCUAAUGUCUUGUCUGUCUCGUUUGGGGCAUCAUUGUCAACGGUCAACACCAUUGCCACCGCUGCCACGGAAAGCAAUUCAAACUAAAUAAGACGAAAAAUAAGCGAAAAAAAUGUGAAAACAACUACAACAAUAAUAGAGAAAAAAAAACAAAAAUAAUAAUAAUGCAAAAAAUAUUAAAUUUCAUAUUACGUCCAUCAUAGGUGGUUCGGCCUGGUCGAUUGUUGCCACAGCAUAGAAUUGUGACAAAAGUCUCUCUAUUCUACUAUAAGUGAAGAAAUUUAGUCAAAUUCAAAAGCAUUACAUAAAAAAUAAAUCAAACAAAUAAAACAAAAGUGGAAUGUACAAAUUUAGUGUACAUAAUAACGUGAUAUUAUUAUUACUAUUAAACCUACCAUAUUCUAUAUUAGAGAUAAUCUUGUUGUAUGACAUUCACUGAAGUAUACAACAAACAACAAGUGAUAUAAAUAUAGAAAUCAAAUACUCGCUGCAUUAUUGUGACUACAUGAGAGUUGGGAACAAAAAAAAAAAAACUAAAAAAUAAUUCUAAAGAAUAAUCCAUCAUCAAUUACGAUAUAAUUAUUUGUAUUUGGACCGCUACUAAACUAAGCGACGCCUGGAAGUAUGCAGUAUUAUUACAAUUGCUUUUAAGCUCUAAGAUUUCAUUGUCAAUUAGUAAUUAAGCACAACUUGUUCCUCAAAAAUAAAAAAAAAAACGCAACAAAAAUUCUACAGAAAUCCAGCCUAAAAGUAUGCUCAAAUUCUAAAUUUUAUCAAACCCAAAGGCAAAAUAAAACUGUACCCAAAAACUAAAACAAAAUGCAACGUGGGAGCAGUGAAGAACGCAUAACAAGCUCAAAUUCAAGUCCUCGCCACUCAAAUAAAUCGGCCGGUUCUGGCCUCUUCAGCCUCCUGACGAAGCGUUCAACCAAAGUAGAACCGCAUCCCUCGGUGGAGGUGGUGGAACACAACAGCCGUUCAGCCAACAACAAUCACCUUAACAGCUCCUAUGAUAGCUGCAGUAGCCAUGACACCUCCUUUGCCAAGUGUACAUCGGAGCGCAAAUCGCCACUGAUGAAUGACCCCAGUCAGGUGGGCAACAACUUGAAAAGUCAUACCCUACCCAAUAAUGUUAGCCCUGGUGAAGUGAUAAAGGAUACGACGAAUAUUGAGAAGUCACUCAGCAGUGGCAUUAUUAAUCUGCACCGGAAAGUGAAAACGGGGAAAAAUAAAAAUCAUAUCCAUCGUCACAGCACGGAUGGGUCACAGAGCGAUGGAGGCGGAGUGGGCGCAAACCCAGAGGUGGUUUUAAGAAAAACUCCCAAACACCGUUCACCCAAUCACAAUCGUUUUAGCCAUCAGUUCAGUCUGUGUUGCAAGGCUGAAAAGAAACCGGUAACCCCACCGGUCACGGUGCGUUACAAUUCCAUUCCAGAUGCCAAUCAAAUGGUGCGUAAGGACACCAUGUCCUUAAGCUGGACGACGGCGGAUAAUACCUCGUUGUCCCUCAACUCGGCAAUUAUGAAUCCUAAUGCCAGCUUGCAUCCUCCCGGCAACGGUUUGUCCACCAGCCUAAAUCUUUCAGAAUGCGCCAGCGCCCCACAGAGUCCGGUAACAGGAAAACCCAUGACAUUUUCCCCAAAUGAUAAUUCCUAUGGUUCACCUUCGAACUCAUCGCUACGUAGUAAUCUAAGUGAUGUACCCAAUGCAGCCAGCAGCAACAGUGUGGUGGCAAAUGGUCCCAUCAGACCCAUUGCUGUAACGGCAUGUCGUUCAAGGCUAAGGCUAAAGCUUUACCCACCUGGCAAGGAGUUGCCUCCAUUUGGCAAGGAAUUUCCAUCGGCAGAGGAUAACAAUGCAUCGGCCAUUAAACGAGCCACUACACCGCAGCACAUGUCUUCGCCCAACAUUGCCAGUCAGCCGGAUGGAGGAUUUGCCAAUCAGGAAACGGAUACACCGACAGUGCGUUUCAUGUCCCAGGAGAACAUACAACUGCAAAGGCAGGGCUCGAGUUCGGGUUUGGCGCGCCAGGCUUUGAUGGCCGCUCAGGUUUUGAGUUUAAUACCCACGGAAAAGGUCAGAGAGAGAAGUUUUCUGGAUGGCCGCUUAGGUUCCUCCUCGCUCUUUGGCCCCAGUGAACUGAAUAGAGUGUUGCCCAACAAAGAGGUGACAAUAUUUGUAGGCACCUGGAAUAUGAAUGGUCAGAGUCCUCCCAAAGAAAUGAAUGAUUUUGUUCUACCCCCGAAUGUGGAACAUGUACCCGAUAUUGUGGCCAUUGGCACCCAAGAAUCUAGUCCCGACCGUUUCGAAUGGGAGGUGACGAUACAGGAAACCCUUGGUCCUUCCCAUGUUCUAUUCCAUUCUACGACUUUGGGUACCCUGCAUUUGGCCGUGUACAUGCGUCGUGAUCUCAUUUGGUAUUGCUCGGCGCCCGAAGAUGCCAAUAUGUCUGUGAGAACGGGCUCAGCAUUUCGCACCAAAGGAGCAGUGGCCAUAUCGUUUUGUCUCUUUGGCACUUCAAUGCUGUUCGUAACCUCGCAUUUAACCGCCCAUCAGCAGAAAGUCAAAGAACGUGUCUCAGAUGUGAAACGUAUCAUACACGCCCUGGAUCUACCCAAGAACCUCAAUCUGAGACAUAAAAAUAAAGAUGUUACUCAAAACUUUGACAAUGUUUUCUGGUGUGGAGAUCUAAAUUUUCGUUUGGGCGAGCCUAGAGAAAAACUUUUGGAGUGGAUACAGAAUACCAAAUUCCCAUUGCCAUCGCAUUUGCCGCAUGGCUAUAUGCACACGGAUCAAUUGUCAUCGGUGCUGGCUGAUGGAGCAGCAUUUCGGGGAUUUAUGGAGGCCAAUAUAACUUUUCCACCCACCUAUAAGUAUGAUCCUGGAACACAACAUUUUGAUACCUCUUCCAAGCAAAGAGCUCCAGCCUACACCGAUCGCAUUCUCUACAAAUUUCGUCAAACUCAGGGUUUAAUGAUGAGGCGGCAAAGUAAUAUACCCGGCAUGUCUUCGCCCUCGCAACCCCACGUGCAAUGCUUGCUGUAUGAUUCUGUACCGUCCAUUAUUACCUCGGAUCACAAGCCGGUGUGGGCUUUAUUUAAGACCCUUAUAAGAGCGGGUACAGAUUCCAUUCCAUUGGCAGCUGGUCUCUUCUGUCGUGAGAUUUAUCUGGAAGGUAUGAAAAGGAGACUAAACAACCAGUAUAGUGGCUCAUCGGCUGUUUGUUCCAUACAGUGAGCGGUCUUUGUCUCUCUCUCUUUCCCAUGCUAUUCGUCUGUUAAAAGUAUUGAGUAUUAGCCUUGAAUGAGGGUAAAUUUAGCACAAAUACUAGAGGCUCUACAUUGUAUUCAAGUAGGCACAUUAAAUGGGCUCAGUGCAAAGGAAGUAAAAUUCAAUAGCCGAUAUGAUUUAAAGUAGAAACUUUUGGAAUUGGAACCCCAAAAAAAACAAGUAAGACUGAAGAUAGCAAAUUGGGGGUUUCCACAAUGUUUCUUCUCUAAAAUCAUAUCGCUAGGGUUCUUGGAAUGAGGGCAAAUUUGUGUUUAAAAUAAUAAUAAAAAUAUUUAUCAACUAUUGUUAAAUAAUAGCUUUACUUAGUUGUUUCUUAAGUAGAUAAUUUCAAUUACUUGACCAUGUGAAUAGAUUACUCUUAUGCUCAAAGACAUAAUCAUAGAAAAAAUUGGUUAAAAUCAUGAAAAGGACCUCAUGGCCUUCACAUCGCGUAUCAUUGUAAGGGAAUAGGUUUCAUAUACACCCUCUCACAUACACAUUUCAAAAAAACAAUUUAAAGUUAUAUACCUCCCAUAUUGGUAUGAGUUUAAUCGCAAAGCUGUCAACUGACAACUUUUCAGAUAUUCUUAAAAAACAAUGUUAAGCCUAAACUUUUAAAUCAUCUAUUGUAGAAUAUUUAAUCGAAGCUAAGCUUGCCUUAAAUUAAAAAAAAAUUCUUUAUCUAUUUAUAACUCUUGUACAUUGUGCCUCCUAUAACUAACCACUGGCCUAGCAAAACCAAAAUAGAGAAAUUAGGAUUUUUGUUAAAAUCAAUCUCGAAUCUUAUAUACCCUCCACCAUGGAUCGCAUUUGUUGAUAGCACAGUUGUUGAAAGUCAUAACAAAACACCUCAUGCAAAAUUUCAGCUAAAUCGGAUAAUAAUUGCGCUCUCUAGCGGCUGAAGAAGUGAAGACCCCAUAUCGGUUUAUAUGACACCUAUAUCAGGUUAUGAACCGAUUUCAACCAUACGCAGCACAGUUGUUGGAAGUCAUAAUAAAACACCUCAUGCAAAAUUUCAGACAAAUUGGAUAAGAAUUGUGCCCUCUAGCGGCUCAAGAUGUCAAGAUCCCAGAUCGGUUUAUAUGGCAGCUAUAUCAGGUUAUGGACCGAUUUGAACUAUUCUUAGCACAGUUGUUGAAAGUUAUAACAAAACACGUCGUGCAAAAUUUCAACCAAAUCGGAUAGGAAUUGCGCACUCUAGACGCUCAAGAAGUCAAGACCCCAUAUCGGUUUAUAUGACACCUAUAUCAGGUUAUGAACCGAUUUCAACCAUACGCAGCACAGUUGUUGGAAGUCAUAAUAAAACACCUCAUGCAAAAUUUCAGACAAAUUGGAUAAGAAUUGUGCCCUCUAGCGGCUCAAGAUGUCAAGAUCCCAGAUCGGUUUAUAUGGCAGCUAUAUCAGGUUAUGGACCGAUUUGAACUAUUCUUAGCACAGUUGUUGAAAGUUAUAACAAAACACGUCGUGCAAAAUUUCAACCAAAUCGGAUAGGAAUUGCGCACUCUAGACGCUCAAAAAUUCAAGACCCCAGAUAGGUUUAUAUGACAGCUAUAUCAGGUUAUGGACCUAUUUCAACCAUACUCAGCACAGUUGUUGGAAGUCAUAAUAAAACACCUCAUGCAAAAUUAUAGCCAAAUCGGAUAAGAAUUGUGCCCUCUAGCGGCACAAGAAGUCAAGAUCCCAGAUCGGUUUAUAUGGCAGCUAUAUCAAAACGUGGACCGAUAUAGCACAUUUAGAAUCCCAACCGACCUACACUAAUAAGAAGUAUUUGUGCAAAAUUUCAAGCGGAUAGCUUUCCACCUUCGUAAGUUAGAGUGCUUUCGACAGACAGACAGACGGACGGACAUGGCUAGUUCAACUUAAAAUAUCUUGACGAUCAAGAAUAUAUAUACUUUAUGGGGUCUUGGACGAAUAUUUCGAGGAGUUACAAACAGAAUGACGAAAUUAGUGUACCCCCAUCCUAUGGUGGAGGGUGUUUGUAACACCUUGAAAUAUGCGUCUAAGACCCCAUAAAGUAUAUAUAUUCUUGAUCGUCAAGAUAUUUUAAGUCGAACUAGACAUAUCCGUCCGUUCGUCUGUCUGUCGAAAACACGAUAACUUUCGAAGGAGUAAAGCUAGCCGCUUGAAAUUUUCCACAAAUACUUUUUGUUAGUGUAGGUCGGUUGGAAUUGUAAAUGGGCCAAAUCGGUCAAUGUUUUGAUGUAGCUGCCAUAUAAACCGAUUUUGGGUCUUGACUUCUUGAGCCUCUAGAGGGCGCAAUUCUUGUCCCAUUUGACUGAAAUUUGGCACUUGGUGUUUUGGUAUCACUUCUAACAACUGCGCUAAGUAUGGUUCAAAUCGGUCCAAGUUUUGAUAUAGCUGCCAUAUAAACCGAUCUUGGGUCUUGACUUCUUAAGCCUCUAGAGGGCGCAAUUCUUGUCCCAUUUGACUUAAAUUUUCCACGUGGUGUUUUGGAGUCACUUCCAACAACUGCGCAAAGUAUAGUUUAAAUGGGUCCAUGUUUUGAUAUAGCUGCCAUAUAAACCGAUAUUGGGACUUGACUUCUUGAGCCUCUAGAGGGCGUAAUUCUUGUCCCAUUUGACUGAUAUUGGCACGUGGUAUAUUUGUAUUACUUCCAACAACUGCGCUUAGUAUGGUUUAAAUCGGUUUAAGUUUUGACAUAGCUGCCAUAUAAACCGAUCUUGGGUCUUGACUUCUUGAGCCUCUAGAGGAAGCAAUUCUUGUCCCAUUUGACUGAAAUUUGGCACGUAGUGUUUUGGUAUUACUUCCAACAACUGCGCUAAGUAUGGUUGAAAUCGGUCCAUGUUUUUAUAUAGCUGCCAUAUAAACCGAUCUUGGGUCUUGACUUCUUGAGCCUCUAGAGGGGUCUUGGGUCUUGACUUUUUGAGCCUCUAGAGGGCGCAAUUCUUGCCCCAUUUGACUGAAAUUUGGCACGUGGUGUUUUGGUAUCACUUCCAACAACUGCGCUAUGUAUGGUUCAAAUCGGUUUUAGUUUUGACAUAGCUGCCAUAUAAACCGAUCUUGGGUCUUGACUCCUUGAGCCACUAGAGGGCACAAUUCUUGUCCCAUUUGACUGAAAUUUAGCGCGUAGUGUUUUGGUAUUACUUCCAACAACUGCGCUAAGUAUGCUUCAAAUCGGUCCAAAUUUUGAUAUAGCUGUCAUAUAAACCGAUCUUGGGUCUUGACUUCUUGAGCCACUAGAGGGCGCAAUUCUUGUCCCAUUUGACUGACCAACAAUUGCGCUAAGUAUGGUUUAAAUCGGUCCAUGUUUUGAUAUAGCUGCCACAUAAACCGAUCUUGGGUCUUGACUUCUUGAGCCUUUAAAAGGCGCAAUUUUUGUCCGAGUUGACUGAAAUUUAGCACGUAGUGUUUUGGUAUCUUUUGCAAUAACUGUGUAAAGUAUGACUCAAAUCGGUUCAUAAUCUGGUAUAGCUGUCAUAUAACCCAUCUUGGAUCUUGUCUUCUUGAGCCCCUAGAUGGCACAAUUCUCAUCCGAUUUGGCUGAAUUUUUGCAUGAGGUGUUUUGGUUUGACUUUCAAUAACUGUGCGAAGUAUGGCGCAAAUCGGUACAUAACCUGAUAUAGCUGCCAUAAAAUCCGAUCUGGGAUCUUGACUUCUUGAGCCGCUAGAGGGCGCACCUCUCAUCCGAUUUGACAGAAAUUUUGUACAACGGCUUCUCUCAUAACCUUUAACAUUCGUUUUCAAUAUGGUCUGAAUCGAUCGGUUAUAUCAAAAUCUGAUCCGAUCUGAGCCAAAUUGAAGAAAGAUGUCGAGUGGUCUAACACAAAUCACUUUCCCAAAUUUCAGAAAAAUCGGAUAAUAAAUGUGGGUUUUAUGGGCCGAAGAUCCUAAAUCGGAGGAUCGGUCUAUAUGGCAGCUAUAUCCAAAUCUGGACCGAUCUGAGCCAAAUCAACAAAUGAUGUCGAACGGCCUAACAUUACUCACUGUCCCAAAUUUCAGAAAAAUCGGAUGAUAAAUGUGGCCCUAAAUCGGCGGAUCGGUCUAUAUGGGGGCUAUAUCAAGAUGUAGUCCGAUAUAGCCCAUCAUCGAACUUAACCUGCUUAUGGACAAAAAAAGGAUCUGUGCAAAGUUUCAGCUUAAUAUCUCCGAUAUUGCUAUAAUUUGGGACAGUGAGUUAUGUUUGACAACUCGACAUCUUUUUUCAAUUGGUCCAGAUCGGUCCAGAUUUGGAUAUAGCUGCCAUAUAGACCGAUCUCUCGAUUUAAGGUUUUGGGGCCAUAAAAGGCGCAUUUAUUGUCCGAUGUCGAUGCAAUUUGGGACAGUGAGUUUUGUUAGGCCCUUCGACAUCUUUCUUCAAUUUGGCUCAGAUCGGUCCAGAUUUGGAUAUAGCUGCCAUAUAGACCGAUUUCUCGAUUUAAGGUUUUGGCCACAUAAAAGGCGCAUUUAUUGUCCGAUUUCGCCGAAAUUUGGGACAGUGAGUUGUGUUGGGCUUACUUUUUACUUGUUUUAGGUAAAUUUUGUACAUUCAACUAAUGAACCCCGAUUGAUGUACUAAUCGGCUGUUUCAACAUGAGGUACCAUUUUAACAAAAGUCUUAAUUUCUUGCUAUCAAUGUCACUGGAAUAUCACUUAACGAACCACCCAUUAAAGUAAACCAAUGCAUCAUCUACUGUAAUAACCACUUGCCUUACAUUAAUACCGAAAAAUAUCAACUUGUCUCACAAUUUUCAAAUAGCUUUUCUAUAAUCAUAGAAUUUUCGAAACCAAACAAAAUCUUAUACGAACAAAGAAUUAACUAAACCAAAUUCAAAAAAAAGUCUAUAAAUAAUUAUAAUGGAAGAAAGACAUAGCUUUUAGGAUUUAAAAUGAUACUAAGUAGGAAUAACAUUUUAAAUUAAUUUUAUAUAGCCUAUAUAGAGUAAAUAGAUAAAUUAAUAGCGCCCAAUUAAAGAUAAUCUUUAAUAAAAAUUAGUAGAAUUACAACACAUGUUCUAUAUCCGUUUCCGGCUUUAGGAUCCGUUGAGAAAAUGUUAAUAUCAACAUAAAAAUUCAAAUGCCAUAAAAAGAGAAUAAGAAAACAUGAUAUUUCGCCAUAGUAUUCAAUUGAAAUGCAAUAAACAAUAAAAACUCGUAUAAGAAAGCAAAUAAUUACACUUUAAGUUUUUGUUCUCUCCGUUAUAGACAUACAGACAAUGAUUAUAUAUUUAGCUUUUGAAAUGAUAUAUUUUGUGUGGUUUAUUUGUUUAUUAGCAUGUCCCGCUAUUCGUUAUUCUGUUUACACUUUACUCAGUCAGUGGCUGCAAGUUUUAAAUUGUUAUCAUUUGUGAUUGUUUAUUUUUUAUAACAUAUUGAUGAAUAAAUUUCUAUAUGAUAUACAAAUAUUUUGUAUAUAAAGUAUGCAA